AUGGCUUUUGGGGAAAGACCCCCGUGCACAGAAGUGCUGGCCCCAGUAGGCUUUGCCCAGUGCAGGGGAGAUGAGAAUGGCACCUCUGGGGCUACAGAUGACCGGGUGCUGCAGUCCACAGUACUGGACCCAGGCCUGGACAGAGUAGCCACGCCCUCCAAUCCUCAUGCUGUUUGGCUCCGUUGGAAUACCUUUGACCCCGCCCUGCAAAAGCCCAGUAGUCAAAGGCCACGAGAUACAGGCGUUGCCUUACAACCGCCACCACUGUGGCCAGUCUCUGAAACAUCACUUCUGCAAAUUAUGGUGCCAAAGAAGAUCGAGACAAGCAACAACUAUGAGGAUAUUACAGAAACGCAUGCUAGUUGCUUUUAUGAAGGAUAUGUUGAAAACAUUCCAAAAUCUGCUGUGACAUUAAACAUCUGCUCGGGUCUCAGGGGAUUCUUGCUGUUAGAGAACGUCAGUUAUGGAAUUGAACCUUUGGAAUCUUCAGCUACAUUUGAACAUAUGAUUUACCAAAUAAAAAAUGAUAAAAAUAAUUAUUCACCUUUAAUAGAAGGUUACUCUGGAUCCCAGUAUAUAGGUCAGCCCUACAGGAUUCUUGUGAAAACAGAUACAGUUUCAGAGAUAACUUUGAAAACAACACUGAAAAUACAAAUCAUAAUAGAUAAAGCAAUGUUUGAUUAUAUGGACUCUGACAUGGACAUUGCUGCUGAGAAAGUUAUUCAAAUCAUUGGUCUUAUCAAUACAAUGUUUUCCCAGCUUAAAAUGACUGUUAUGCUAUCUUCUUUAGAGAUCUGGUCUGAUCAAAAUAAGAUUUCAACUAAUGGGAGUGCUGAUGAAAUACUACAAAGAUUUUUGUCAUGGAAACAAACAAUUUUAUCUCCAAGGUCCACUAAUAUGGCAUACUUAUUAAUUUACAAGGACUAUCCUAAUUUUGUGGGAGCAACGUACCAUGGAAAGGCCUGUGAUUCAAAGUUUGCUGUAGGAAUUAUUCUGCAUCCCAAGACAAUAUCCUUAGAGGCAUUUUCAGUUGUUCUGGCACAGCUAAUUGGAAUUAAUGUGGGAUUAACUUAUGAUGACAUCUACAAUUGUUACUGUCCAGAAAGUACAUGUGUAAUGAAUCCUGGAGCAAUACGUUCCCAAGGUAUAAAGGUUUUUAGCCGUUGCAGCACAGAUGAAUUUAAGCAGACAAUUGCACGACCCCAAUUUGGAUGUCUUCAGAAGAAAAAACUUCUUCCAAAAGUGGUUUACCAACCACAAUCAACUUGUGGAAAUGGAGUUAUGGAAGGUGGAGAGGAGUGUGAUUGUGGCCAGCCAGAGUCAUGUGAUUUUAAAAAAUGCUGCAAUCCCACAACUUGUACUUUAGUUGGUUCUUCAGAGUGUGGCAGUGGGGCAUGCUGUAACAAAGCCAAUUGUAAGAUGUUCGAAAGAGGACACCUAUGUAGGAGAAGUAGAGAUGACUGCGAUUUUCCGGAAUAUUGCAAUGGAACAUCUCCGUCUUGCGUGCCUGAUGUGAAAGCUGCUAAUUUAGAACCAUGCAAUAAUGGGUCUGCUUAUUGUUUGAGUGGAAUUUGCCGAGAUCCGAGUAGACAUUGUAUGGAGUUAUUUGGAAGAUAUGCUACAAAUGCUCCUUAUCUGUGUGUUGAAGAAAUAAAUUUUCAAAAUGAUAAAUUUGGAAACUGUGGAAGAGUCUGUUCUUUUGGGUCUGUUCUUUGUGGAAAAUUAGCUUGUAGCUGGGGACAUACAAGUUUAGCACCUCUGAGAGAUUAUGAUUUGCAGUAUACAUACCUUGCCGGCCAUGUAUGCUUGUCGGCACAUUUAAGAAAUACUUCAAGAAAGGAUGAUACGUUUGCACAGAAUGUUGCUCCUUGUGGUCAGGAAAGGGUUUGCAAUAGUAAUUUAAAUUGUCACUGUGAUCGAGGAUAUGCUCCUCCAGAUUGUGAAGAAGUAAUGUCAUCACCAGGAGGGAGCUUCGAUGAUGGGUUUUGGCUUAGAGCAGAUCAAGCCAAACUUUUGCUUUUAAACCAACAAAAAGCUGUUCGUCCGAAAAGUGGACUCUUGAUCAGUUUCUAUGUUUUCCUACCUUUCCUCAUUAUAACUGCCAUCAUUGUUCUUAAAUGGAAUAAAAUGAAGAAAUUUUUGCACAGAGAGGAAACAAUAAGUGGAGGUUACUGCUGUUGUUACUCUGAGUUGGCCAUGGACAUGUUAACUGUUCCCAUCGCUAGACAGGACUCCAGAACUUCCACCUCUGCAAUUGCUCAAGAUUCCUCUGCUCUAUCCAUGUUUUAUGCAGGACAGAGUUUUGGAGGUCCUCACUCUGAUUUUCACUGUGUCUCCAUUUCAUGA